AUGUCAUGCCCCAUACAUCAUGCCCCACACCACAUCAUGGAGCAUACAGGUGGCGGAGUUCUUCCGUGGAACAACGACCGCAUCGUGACGCCUUUGAUGGAGGAGCGCACGCUGUCCCAGUGGAAAAACAACACCACCAACCCGCCACCCAUCUUCACAUUUGAGCCCAACCCCAAAAUCGACGAGAUCCGGCCCCACCACGCCCCGAGCCAUUCCGCCGCCCUCGACGGCCCCCAGAGCUUGCUGACUGAGGACGUGGACUCGUUUCCUGGCGGCCCCCCUCCCAGCAGUGUCAUGGAGAAUCAUGGUCCCGAAGCGCCGGCGAAUGACGUGGCGUCGGAUGCGCAGGCGACCUCGCCCGCGGCGAGCGCCUUUCCAGAGGCGCACGGUCAGGCGGCCGCCGGUGAGGAAAUGGGUGGUGGAGAUCAUGACGCACUGGGGACCGCUGAUCAUCCUCCCACUGACAACGGUGCCCGCGCCGAGGAAGCUGGCGCUGCGGGGACCGGCCGCGCUCCUGACGCACGGACCCAUAGGGUGGUGAAAGAGAUGGCAAGCAAGAGCCAUCCGCAUCUCGUGCGUCUGUUGGGCUAUUGCAUUGACUUUGACCCGUCCACACGAACCAUGGAGCACCUUCUUGUCUAUGAGCUCAUGCCCAACGGCGACCUUGACAACAGGAUCGGCCCUGGUGUCUCCAACCCUCUUUCUCUGCGGCAACGGCUUGAUAUUAUGAUUGGACGACGACGGACGGACGCGCACCCGCGGGCGACGAGGCGCAUCCGCGGACGGACGCGCACCCGGGGCGACGAGGCGCAUCCGCGGACGGACGCGCACCCGCGGGCGACGAGGCGCAUCCGCGGACGGACGCGCACCCGCGGGCGACGAGGCGCAUCCGCGGACGGACGCGCACCCGCGGGCGACGAGGCGCAUCCGCGGACGGACGCGCACCCGCGGGCGACGAGGCGCAUCCGCGGACGGACGCGCACCCGCGGGCGACGAGGCGCAUCCGCGGACGGACGCGCACCCGCGGGCGACGAGGCGCAUCCGCGGACGGACGCGCACCCGCGGGCGACGAGGCGCAUCCGCGGACGGACGCGCACCCGCGGGCGACGAGGCGCAUCCGCGGACGGACGCGCACCCGCCGGGCGACGAGGCGCAUCCGCGGACGGACGCGCACCCGCGGGCGACGAGGCGCAUCCGCGGACGGACGCGCACCUCCGCGGGCGACGAGGCGCAUCCGCGGACGGACGCGCACCCGCGGGCGACGAGGCGCAUCCGCGGACGGACGCGCACCCGCGGGCGACGAGGCGCAUCCCGCGGACGGACGCGCAACCCGCGGGCGACGAGGCGCAUCCGCGGACGCACGCGCACCCGCGGGCGACGAGGCGCAUCCGCGGACGCACGCGCACCCGCGGGCGACGAGGCGCAUCCGCGGACGCACGCGCACGCCGCGGGCGACGAGGCGCAUCCGCGGACGCACGCGCACCCCGCGGGCGACGAGGCGCAUCCGCGGACGCACGCGCACCCGCGGGCGACGAGUGCGCAUCCGCGGAGCCCGCGCACCCGCGGGGACGAGGCAUCUCGCGGCACGCGCACCCGGGGCGACGAGGCGCAUCCGCGGACGCACGCGCACCCGCGGGCGACGAGGCGCAUCCGCGGACGCACGCGCACCCAGCGGGCGACGAGGCGCAUCCGCGGACGCACGCGCACCCGCGGGCGACGAGGCGCAUCCGCGGACGCACGCGCACCCGCGGGCGACGAGGCGCAUCCGCGGACGCACGCGCACCCGCGGGCGACGAGGCGCAUCCGCGGACGCACGCGCACCCGCGGGCGACGAGGCGCAUCCGCGGACGCACGCGCACCCGCGGGCGACGAGGCGCAUCCGCGGACGCACGCGCACCCGCGGGCGACGAGGCGCAUCCGCGGACGCACGCGCACCCGCGGGCGACGAGGCGCAUCCGCGGACGCACGCGCACCCGCGGGCGACGAGGCGCAUCCGCGGACGCACGCGCACCCGCGGGCGACGAGGCGCAUCCGCGGACGCACGCGCACCCGCGGGCGACGAGGCGCAUCCGCGGACGCACGCGCACCCGCGGGCGACGAGGCGCAUCCGCGGACGCACGCGCACCCGCGGGCGACGAGGCGCAUCCGCGGACGCACGCGCACCCGCGGGCGACGAGGCGCAUCCGCGGACGCACGCGCACCCGCGGGCGACGAGGCGCAUCCGCGGACGCACGCGCACCCGCGGGCGACGAGGCGCAUCCGCGGACGCACGCGCACCCGCGGGCGACGAGGCGCAUCCGCGGACGCACGCGCACCACAAGUAACGUGGCCGCACCACCCUUCCACGUGGUGUCGUCCUCUUUGACCGCACUCGCCCUCAAGCCGGUGUCGUCACCCCCUCCCCUCCUCCUCCUCAUGGCGGACGACUCCACUUCCAUUGAGCUCGGAGCCAUUGACAAGCUCGAACUUCUCCACGACACCACGGCCGUAAACUGGGCGUCGUUUGAAGAUACGUUUCACACACACCUUGGCUCCAUCAUUAUUCAAGUCUAUUGCCUUCUUGAUGUAGUCCUCCAGCACCCUAAUGGCCUCCCACCUUUACUCCCCCCUCCCCUUGAACCUCCUCCCCCUGACGCCCCUCCUCCACCCGAGCCUCUUCCCGACCCCCCGCGUGCCCCAGUUCAUGAUGACAACCCGGAUCGCUGGGGGGCCAACCUGAACGCCUACAACAUGCUUCGCGACACUUACACCCUCCAGCGUGAGGCGCACCGUGUUGCGGAAGCAGCACACGCUAAUGCUACUGCACGCCUCCUCUUCUACGCUCAAGACGAAAAAGACUAUGCUGAGGAGCUUCGAAAGAUCCACAAGGAUGUUGCAGCAUGGCGCAUCACUGAUCGUCGUGCACUCGCCAGCAUCUUCUCCUGUAUCCCCUCCCACCUCAAACACGACCUUCGUCCCACCUCCUCCUCUGGACUAUGGAAAACCCUCUCUACUCAGUACGGCUGUCAGGACCUUCGCUCCCUCCUCGCCCUCUUUCGCAAAUUCCAAGACAUCACCCUUGACUCCUCCCCCACUGCUGUUGCCUACACCCGUCGCCUCAUUGACACUGCGCAACGCCUCAAUGACCGGAGCAUUGUCAUCUCUGAGUCCCUUCUUACUGCACACAUCCUCGACUGCCUCCCUCCCACAUAUGACACCUACCGGAUCACCUUCACUUCUCGCUACCGUCAUCCUCCUCCUGUGGCUGACACCAUCGAUAUGCGUUGA